UUUCCCAGCCGGCUUCCAGGAGAGAACACGUUGCUUGUGGAAGUUUAACUCUCAUCUGUUCGUGUCUGCGCGUUGUUUCCCGGGUUUCUUUACUCGGACCGGUCAACGGGAGCAGAAGAGCGCUCCACAGGAGUGAGCGUCCGUCAUGGCGGAUAAAAACACCAGGAUUGCCAUCGUCAACCACGACAAAUGCAAACCGAAGAAAUGUCGUCAGGAGUGCAAGAAGAGCUGCCCGGUGGUCCGCAUGGGUAAGCUGUGUAUCGAGGUGACUCCACAGAGUAAGAUCGCCUGGAUCUCAGAGUCUCUGUGUAUAGGCUGCGGCAUCUGCAUCAAGAAAUGUCCGUUCGGAGCUUUGUCGAUCGUCAACCUGCCGAGCAACCUGGAGAAGGAAACUACACACAGAUACUGCGCCAACUCCUUCAAACUGCACAGACUGCCGAUCCCGCGGCCCGGUGAGGUUCUGGGUCUGGUCGGCACCAACGGUAUCGGGAAGUCCACGGCCCUGAAGAUCCUGGCUGGGAAACAGAAGCCCAACCUGGGCCGGUUCGAUAACCCUCCGGACUGGCAGGAGAUCUUGACCUACUUCAGAGGCUCUGAGCUGCAGAACUACUUCACCAAAAUCCUGGAGGACGACCUGCGGGCCAUCGUGAAGCCUCAGUACGUGGACCAGAUCCCAAAGACCGUCAAGGGGUCAGUCGGGUCCAUCCUGACCAGGAAGGACGACACAGAAACACAGACCAUCGUCUGUAAACAGCUAGAUCUGACUCACCUGCGAGAAAGGAACGUGGAGGAUCUGUCGGGAGGAGAGCUGCAGCGGUUCGCCUGCGCCGUCGUCUGCAUCCAGAGAGCCGACAUUUUCAUGUUCGACGAGCCGUCGAGUUACCUGGACGUGAAGCAGAGGCUGAAGGCCGCCAUGACCAUCCGCUCGCUCAUCACACCCGACAGGUACAUCAUCGUGGUGGAACAUGACCUCAGUGUGUUGGACUACCUCUCUGACUUCAUCUGUUGUCUCUACGGAGUCCCGAGCGCCUACGGAGUCGUUACCAUGCCCUUCAGUGUUAGAGAGGGUAUCAACAUCUUCCUGGACGGUUACGUUCCCACGGAGAACCUCAGGUUCCGGGAGACCUCGCUGGUCUUCAAGGUGGCCGAGACGGCCAACGACGAGGAGGUGAAGAGACUCCGGCACUACCAGUAUCCAGAGAUGACGAAGACGAUGGGCGACUUCAGCCUGGACAUCAAAGCAGGGGAGUUCACAGACUCUGAGAUCAUGGUGAUGCUGGGAGAGAACGGCACGGGGAAGACGACUUUCAUCAGGAUGCUGGCUGGAGGACUCAAACCUGACGGGGGAGGUGAGUCUCUCGCUCUCUCUCUGACCUUAAAGGGUCUGAAUACUACAGUAUAG